AUGGCGUCAACAGCAGGGGCCAACGUUUCAGAGUUCAAAGAAAAAGUAAAUUUGUGGUCAGACAAUUUUGUAGUCAGAAACCUCUGCAGAGUAUUUGUGAUUUCAGGUCUAAUAAUUUUUGCCAUUCUUGUUUUGUUUUUCAAUGAUCCAACAUGUAAGGCUUCAGGGUUUUUGUCAACCUGGAAAAUAAGCCCUUCAUCUUCACAACCUGCAUCUACUGUUGAUGAUGUUCCCACAAAUGUUAGUCACCUAGCUUUUGGUCUCCAAGGCUCUGAGAAAACAUACCACUUCAGAAAGGCUUACUUGGAGGCUUGGUGGAGACCAAACAUAACAAGGGGAUACGUUUACAUUGAUAGAGAACCUACAGGAGAUCUUCUCCCAUGGUCUCCAAAGUCUCCUCAGUAUCGAAUGAAUGAUGAUCUCAGCAAAUUGAUUCAAGAAAUCAGGCCGAGAAGUGCUCUCAUGCCUCGAAUGGUACAUGGGAUAUUGGAAUUGUUUCGUGAGGAACAUGAAGGCAUAAGGUGGAUAAUCAUGGGCGAUGAUGAUACAAUGUUUUUUGUAGAUAAUCUGGUUCAUGUUCUUUCGAAGUAUGAUCAUACAAAGUACUACUACAUUGGGUAUCCAUCUGAAUUUGUUUUGUCCAAUUAUUGGUUCAAUUUUAACCAGGCAUUUGGUGGAGGUGGGAUUAUUCUUAGUUACCCUUUGGCAAAAGCACUUGUAAGAGAUAUGGAUCGCUGCCUCAGGAAAUAUUCAAACCUUUCGGCUGAUCUAAUGACUAUGGCCUGUUUAGCUGAUAUUGGAGCUAAUUUAACACCCCAUAAAGGUGUUCAUCAGAACGACUUAAGAGGUGAUUAUUCAGGUUUCUUAUCAUCCCAUCCCAAAGAGCUCGUCUUGUCUAUACACCACUGGGAUGUGUUAGAUCCAAUAUUCCCUAAAAAAGAUAGAUUUCAAUCAGCACAGCACCUCAUGAAAGCAGGAAAUGUCGAUCAAUCACGCCUGUUUCAGCAAACAAUUUGCCACCAUAGACCAACCAACUGGACAUUUUCCGUUUCCUGGGGAUAUUCUGCCCAUAUUUAUGAAAAAGUGAUGGCCAGAAGUUGGCUGAUGACCCCAAUUGAAACGUUCCAGGGAUGGUCAAGGAGCAACAAGCCACCACUUUUCAUGUUUAACACCAGACGCCCGUUUGGUGAUCCUUGUGAAGCUCCUCACGUCUUUUUCUUCGAGUCAAUAAAGGAAACAUCAAACAACGAAAUUCUUACCAUCUAUGCAAGAUCAGCACCUCGAAAUUUACCGGCUUGUCCUGCAAGUGGUAACCAUUCUGCUGAAUUUGUCUCACAGGUUCACGUUUUCUCACCAGCAACCAAGCGGCCUGAGGUUCAAAGAGCAGAAUGUUGCGAUGUCCUCAGUGUAAAGGGCUCUGGGAAAGCAGAUGUCCAGCUUAGAGAAUCACCACCUCCUCCUCCGCCACAGACCAACUGGCAGCGGCUUUUCGGUCGCUUGGAUGACAUCGACCAUUAUUUAGCCAGAAUGGAUACUCGCCUGGACCGAAUUGAAGAUCAUUUAGGCACACGCCCACCUCCCAUCGAUGAUGAUGAAGAUGACGAUGAAGAGGAUGAUUGA